AUGGACCAAGUGAAGAAGGAUAUGGAAGCUGACGACAAACUCCGAAAAGACUGGGAGCAGGUUCAAAAAUCAUCGGACAGGAUGCGAGAAACCAGUGCAGCAAAUUCUGAGAAGCUGGAGCAGUUUGGUGAACGCAUGAAGAGCCUUUCUUCCCAGACAUCAGAGCUGCUUAGCAGCUGGUCGGACAAAGCUCGCAAUGUUGCCAGCUCCACUUCAAGCCGCUUGGACCGAGCGACAGAAGACAACGAGGCUCUGAAGAAAGCACGGGAGUUUGUCAGGAGUGCUUCUGAGUCCACAUCCGCGGCUUCUUCUAGCUUCCUGAACAAAACCCGGGAGAAGUUUUCCAAUGUAAUGGAUGCUUCAUCAAGAGCUGUGGACUACUUGGGUGAUGAGAAUAAGAAGGCACGCCGGUGGAAAAAGUCGCGAGACGCCAUGGCGGAAGCUGAGAAAUCCAAAGCUGAGCAGUCUGAGGCCACUGAUACAUCGGAGAGUGCAUCGAUGGACAAGGCCAAGGAUGCAAAAGCUGCUGAAGCCGAAGAAGUUCAGUCUGCCCUUGUGGUUUCCCAGGCAGGCAGCAGUUCUUGGGGACCACGGCUUUCAGACAUGCCAUUCCUCAACAGCGUUUUCGAGAACCCGCUCUUUGAUCGAGUAUUUGGCGAAACAGAGCUGCUUAGCUUCAUGGAAAGUGGCAAGGAGCUGGACUACACGUUCAGGUUGGAGGAAUUUGCAGAGGACUUGGAAUAUAUUGUAGCACCGCACAUUAUCAAGUCUUAUCUUGAAGGCGACGAAGAGGCUUUGCAGAAACAUUGUGGGGAAGCCUGCUUCAGCACUGUAAAUGCAGGGAUCAAGGAGCGAAAGAAACAGCAAAUGAGCCUGGACUCCAAAAUCCUUGCUGGACCUCGAGAGGUGGAGCUAAAAGGAGCCAAACUCAUGGAGCAGGGGGCUCCGUGCUUCAUUUGGACCUUCAACAUGCAGCAGGUAAACUGCUUGAGGGACUCAGAUGGUGAGAUCAUUGAAGGUGCAGUGGAUGAUAUUCGGACUGUUUGUUAUGCGAUGGCCGUCACAAGGCAUCCACAGUUGGAUAAGCUCGAUCUGGAGUAUCCGUGGCAAGUCUCUGAACUUGCCAUUCUCUGGAACCAGCCUUCUUUAUGA